GUCCGACGUUCUUCCUUCCGCCGCUGUGGCUCGCUUCCGUGCAAUGGCGUCUGGGCUGGUGAGGCUGCUACGGCCGGGGCCUCGCUGCCUCCUGGCGCCUGCAGCCCCCACGCUCGUCCCACCGGCUCGGGGAGUGAAGAAGGGGUUCCGCGCCGCCUUUCGCUUCCAGAAGGAGUUAGAGCGGUGGCGCUUACUCCGGUGCCCGCCGCCGCCUGUGCGCCGCUCAGAGAAGCCCAACUGGGAUUACCAUGCAGAAGUACAAGCUUUUGGACCGCGGUUACAGGAAACCUUUUCCUUAGAUCUUCUCAAAACUGCAUUUGUAAAUAAAUGCUAUAUUAAAAGUGAGGAGGCCAAACGCCAAAAACUUGGGAUAGAGAAAGAGGCUGUGCGUCUGAAUAUUAAAGAUAAUCAGGAACUAUCUACACAAGGUUCAUCUUUCUCACGGACUUGCCUCACACAGUUUCUUGAAGAUGAAUACCCAGACUUGCCUGCCGAAGGCAUUGAAAGUCUUGUGGACUUCCUCACUAGUGAGGAAGUCGUGUGUCACGUGGCUAGAAACUUGGCUGUGGAGCAGCUAACACUGAGCGCAGACUUUCCUGUCCCACCCUCGGUGUUGCAGCAGACUUUCUUUGCAGUAAUUGGAGCUCUGCUACAGAGCAGCGGCCCCGAGCGGGCGGCGCUUUUCAUCAGGGAUUUCUUAAUUACUCAAAUGACCGGAAAAGAACUCUUUGAGAUGUGGAAGAUAAUAAAUCCCAUGGGGCUUCUGGUAGAAGAAUUGAAGAAAAGGAAAAUUUCAGCUCCUGAAUCUAGACUUACCCGGCAGUCUGGAAGUACCACAGCUUUGCCUUUGUAUUUUGUUGGCUUAUACUGUGAUAAAAAGUUGAUUGCAGAAGGACCUGGGGAAACAGUACUGGUUGCAGAGGAAGAAGCUGCUCGAGUGGCACUCAGAAAACUUUACGGGUUCACAGAGAAUAGACGGCCCUGGGACUAUUCCAAGCCCAAAGAGAGGCUGAGAGCAGAGAAGACCAUCACUGCCAGCUAGCCAGCCAAAGAUGUGCACCCUAACAUACUUCAUCAAAGCUGUGAGACAGUCUCCCAGGUGUUCAAGUUGUAGAGAAACAUCUUGUUCUUCAUGCUUUGCCACUAAAAUUAAAUCAGUGUUAGUAAGGCUGUUUUGUUUGAAUCUUGUUUGUUUUGUUAAAAGUCUUUUAAAAGUAUUUUUCCAAGAAAUUUUCCCUGAAGUCCUUGAUUUUUAUCAUUGUAUAUAAUUUGUACAAUUAGGUGUAUUCCCCUUUAGUUUUGUGGUGUCAUAAUUUGAGAACCCAUGAACUUUUUUGUAACACCAAUAAAAAAGUUAACUCUAAA